AUGACAAACAAUAAAACACUAUGUUUUACAUGUAAUAAAGAAAAAAUAACAUAUUCUUGUAAAGGAUGUUCAAAAGAAUUUUGUUCAGUUCAUUUAACAGAACAUCAACAAAACUUAAAUGAAGAAUUAGGUUAUAUCACCAAUGAAUAUAAUGAAUUAAAACAAACAAUCAAUGAACAAAAGCAAAAUCCACAAAAUUUUCCAUUAAUAAAACAAAUUAAUCAAUGGGAAAUAAAUUCAAUUCAACAAAUUCAACAAAAAGCACGAGAGUACAGAGAAAUUAUUAUUAAAUACUCACAAACAUGUAUUAAUGAUAUCGAAAUAAAAUUCAAUGAUUUAAGUGAACAAAUCAAACAAAUUCAUAGAGAAAAUGAAUUUAAUGAAAUUAAUUUAAAUCAUUUAAAAAAUCAAUUGAUGAAAAUUACACAAGAAUUAAAUAAUCUAUCAAAUAUGUCUAUUCAACAAAAUUUUCAAUCAUUUAUUAAUGAAAUUUCAAAUAUUUUAUCAAAAAGACCACAAUUCAACAAAUGGAAACAAAAUGCCAUCACUGUAGUUGGUGGAAAUGGAAAAUCACAAGAAUUAAAUCAACUUAAUGGCCCUGAAGGAGUGUUUAUUGAUAAAAACAAAAAUAUUUUCAUUGCUGAUUUUAAUAAUCAUCGUAUUGCCGAGUGGAAAUGUAAUGCAAAAGAAGGACAAAUCAUUGCAGGUGGAAAUGGACAAGGAAGUAGAAUGAAUCAGUUAAAUUGUCCAACAGAUGUGAUUGUUGAUCAAAAAUAUCAUUCAAUCAUCAUUGCUGAUCAUGGGAAUAGACGAGUGAUUCAAUGGUGGAAUAAAACGCAACGAAUUCUCAUUGACAAUAUCGACUGUUAUGGCUUGGCAAUAGACAAAAAUGGAUUUCUUUAUGUUUCUGAUUGUGAGAAGAAUGAAGUGAGACGAUGGAAAAUGGGAGAAUACAAUGAAGGAAUUUUAGUGGCAAGUGGAAAUGAAAACCAACUCAGUUAUCCUACCUUUAUCUUUGUUGAUGAAGAACAAUCUGUUUAUGUAUCAGAUAGAUACAAUCAUCGUGUGAUGAAAUGGAAAAAAGAUGCAAAAGAUGGAAGAAUUGUGGCUGGAGGAACUGGUCGAGGAAAAGAUCUCAAUCAAUUGUCUGGACCUGCGGGAGUUAUUGUUGAUGAUUUGGGUCAAAUCUAUGUGGCAGAUUAUGGGAAUCAUCGAGUAAUUCGUUGGUGUGAAGGAAAACAAGAAGGUGAAAUUAUUGUUGGUGGUGAAAAUGGAAAAGGAAAUCAAUCAAAUCAAUUGAAUGGUCCCUGUGGUUUAUCUUUUGAUGAUGAAAGAAAUCUUUAUAUUGCUGAUCAUUUUAAUCAUCGAAUUCAAAAAUUUGAAAUAAUUUUGUGA